AUGAAAAAUUCUCUUUAUAACCAAGCUGUUCAAAAGGUUCGUGAUGAAGUCAGUGUUUUCGUGAAAGGGAAAACAGAUCCAAGAUCUCAACAAGUACCAUCUGCUGCUGCUGCUGCACCAGCAUAUUAUCAUCAGCCACCUUCAAAUUCUUCGACAACAAGUUCUUAUUCUCAUACAGCAAAUUCAACAGCAGGGUACUCACAACGAAAUGCGUAUCCUACAUUACCAGAAAAUAAUCACGGAUCAGAAAGAAUGAGUAUAAUUGAACAAACUGAAUCGUUUGCAACAAAUUUGCUUGGAAAUGUUGUUGGUCACGAUACUAUUGCGGCAGCAACACAUUCAAUAAAUAGUGUGAUUACUAGUGGACGCAGUGCACGAGAUUUCCUUCAAAAUUCCGCGACAGUUCAAUUAGUUUCGAAAAAUUCAGGUCAUUUACUUCAAGUUCUAAUGUCUCCAAAUGGUAUUCUCACAUUUGAUGGCAAUGGUGUUGCUAAUGGAUUUAAUACUUAUUUUGUUGUUGAACAAAGUGAACAAGGACGCGUUCGAUUUCAUAAUAAUUGCAAUUAUUUAGCAUUCGAAGGCAAAAAAUCUUGUGUGAUGUCAUUUCCACCUGGUGUUAAAAAUAAUCUUAGUAUUGAUUUUCGUAUACAUGAUAUACUUGGCACUAGAGAGUUGGUAGCGUUUGAAUCUUGUGCAUGUAAAAAUCAUUUUAUUUCAAUUUUACCUGAUGGCAAUCUGAAAACAGCGCAUACUAAAGAAAAAACUAUUGAUGCACAAUUUUCAGUUGUUCCUGUAGUAAAUAAUCAACAACCAAUGUAUCCAUAUCAAUCACAACCUUAUCAACAAUAUAAUAUGAAUCCAUAUGGCGGAUUCCCACCCAAUGGUGUCACUGGAUCCAAGCCACCUCAAACAUCGAUGUACGCACAACAACCGACAGCACCUCCUCCUCCGUCCUAUACGGAAAGUGUAUAUAAUCAAGCACCGACAUCAUCAACAUUAUAUCCAAAAUUUGAAUAA